AUGGGCGACUUCCGAGACAUCAGAGGCUUCUUCACCAAGGCCGAGUGGAGCGAUCUGGCCGAGUGCGAGAAGCGGCGCUACAGGAACAUCAAGCAGAACCACGCCGUCCUGCUGAACCUCGGGAUGAACCCGGCCCAGCCCGAGUUCAUGCGCGCACGCGGCAAGCGCAGGGCGAGGGGGAAUGGAGCGGAGUGCGGGCGGUCGAGCGACUCCGACGAGGAGUGGACGGGGAGGAGGAAGAGGAAGGAGGUGGCGAUGCACGGAGGACGAAGAGGCAAACGAGGAGGCAAGGGGGCUGCUUCACGCUGGGCCACCGUGGGAGAGUGGCACGCGAGGGCAGCUCCCAGCAAGCGCAAGACUAAAGCGAAAGCCCUGGAGUACGUGUGGAGCAUCUUGCAGGGCGUGGAGGAGGAGCAGCAGCAGGAGGAGGAGUUCAGGGGAUUUGAGCUGAGGGAGGUGCACAAGGCCAGGAUGGCGAUGUUCAGGCUGGAGCGCAGAGCCACCGCCUGCAAGGAGGCCCUGAGGGUGGCGCUCCAGAGGAUACGUGGAGGUGCGUAGCCUGCAGCGGUGAUUUCUAUUCACACCAGAACUCCACACUCCCCUCUAUUCCCACCGGAACUCCACACUCCCAUCUAUUCUCACCGGAACUCCACACUCUCCUCUAUUCUCACCGGAACUCCAC